UAAUCUUCCUCCCUUUUCCACCUAAUCACUUGUUCAGUCCUGUUCUGCAAAACAUCAUAGUUGCCGACAGAGAAAUGGUGAUAAAUUUGAGAAAUUAAAACGUGACACAAGUAAAUAAGGAGGCAACAGCAAACAGCUCGAUUCAGAAUGGAAGAAACGAGCUCGGCAGACACGAAAGCAAGUCAACCAAAGUCACCAGCGGAUGCCCUGGCGGCACGUCGAGAAGCGAGACGAAGGAAAAUCUUAGAAAAUUCUAACAACAGGCUGUCCAAAAUUGUGGGCCAUGAAUUACCGACUGCACCUGCCGCUGAUUCUGGCAGCGUUUGGAAUAACAGUGAAGACGCUGCAAGAACGGAGGCUUUGCUGGCUGACGUUAUCGCUCGAGCUUCCUGUGAGCCGCCAAAUGCAGGAGUUGAACCCGCGAACGAGCCAACACCAAUAAUUUACCCUGAUCCGGAGGAUGAACGGAUGGAGUUUAUCAACCCACCAGUGGGUUCCCUGUUGUCAUCGGGAGGUUUAGAUUUUGGUGGCCCGAAUGGUCUAACCGGUGUCGGGCAGAAUGGUGAUAUCUUGCAGCUACUCAACUCCAUCACACAAGCACAAGCAGGAGCUGGUAUGUCGGGGCCUGGCAUGGGCCCACCGGGUACGGCCGGCACACGUCCUGCGCCGCGAAGCAAUUCACGCUUCACAAGAAUUUUGCGCUCCAAAAUUCAUCUUAUUGUAGCCUCAAUUGCCGUCUAUCUGCUGUUCGCCACGGGUAACGAGUCGUACAUCGGUGGCAACGUGUUCCUACCGCUGCUUGCCUGGGAACUGCUGGAGAUAGUAAUGUUCGGUGCGUCGGAAACCGGUGCUGCCGGGGGCCAACAGCUACUCGGGAUAGUGUUCUUGCUCGGGGGCAUUCCAAUUAAAACCUCCCAAACCAUCAUGAAGCUCCUGAACACCGUUAACAAGGUGCUGAAAGAUGUAGCCUUUUUUAUGUUCUUCUUCGUCCUCACCCACCUGCUCUGGAGCCGGUUAUGGCUAGGCAUCGAGCUACGGUACGUGCUCGGGUACGACCAGCUUGAAGGGGACAAUAGUGUAUCCGCAGAAGUGGAUGAUUUUGUUUCCUCGUCGUAGUGUUAAUCGUUUUCGUUUUCUCGACUUGUCGUUGUUUUACCGUCAUAAAGAAGUUCGGAAGGUGUUGGGUGUACAGAGUUAAAAAGGCAUUUUUUCUACACUUCUCUUCCGGCAAAGUUCUAAUAAUCAUGCAACUUCUUUUGUCUAAUCACACGUCACUAAAUCUAUUUUAUUACCAUUUUAUCUUGUCGAAAAACUGUUCCCAGUCCGGUUGCAGUAAACCGUUCACAAAAAGGACGAAAACUGUUGGUGGAAUACAAAGAAAAAUUGUGGGGCUCCUAAAUAAAAUCUGCUUGACAAUGCUGAAA